GGAGAUGCAGUGCGCGGCGCGGCUACUCGUGCCGGUGACGCUGCUGCUGCUGCUGCUGAUGGACGCGGCGCACGGGUCAGCGGGAUCCGCGAGCGGCGGAGGCAACAGCAGCUGCACGCGGAGCUGCGGCGGCUUGAGGGUGCCCUACCCGUUCGGCUUCUCCAGCGGCUGCGCGGUGCGGCUCGGCUGCGACGACGCCUCCGGCGUCGCGUGGCUCGGCGCGAGGCGCGAGCUCGGCCUGCUCGUAACCAACGUGACGCCGCGCGCCCUCGUCCUCACCCUGCCCCCCAACUGCUCCCGCUCGCUCAACGCGUCCCUGGAGGCGCUCUUCACCGACAACUACGCGCCCGCGGUGCAGAACGCCCUGGUGGUGAGCUCGUGCGACGCGCGGUCCGCUGCCCUCACCAGCAACUGCACAAUCCCGCCGGAGGCUUACCUCGAGAAGAGCUGCAGCUCCAUCCGCUGCGUGUUGCCUCCCACCGGAGCGAACAGCGGGUCAAACCUUUUCGCGAGAAGCGAGAUGCGGCGGCUCGGCUCGGAGUGCGCCGGGCUCGUGUCGUCGUCGAUCUACUCGAACACGUCGGGGCCGGCGCUGCAGCUGACCGCGCUGGAGCUGGAGUGGUGGGUGCAGGGGCAGUGUCGCUGCUCGAGCCACGCCAGCUGCGACGAGUUCACCGCGCCGACCACGCAGCAGAAGGCCUUCCGGUGCGAGUGUCCGGAGGGGUUCGAGGGCGACGGCUACGCCGCCGGCGCCGGUUGCCGGAAAGUUCCGAAGUGUAAUCCUUCAAAAUACCUAUCAGGAUCAUGUGGCAAGUUGGUUCAAAUCGGCCUUCUCAUUGCAGGAAUCGUUUUUGGAGCCAUGGUGAUGGGCGUCACCUGCUUGGUGUACCACCUGCUGCGGCGGCGGUCGGCGGUCAUCCGCACCCAGCAGACCACGAAGCGGCUGCUGUCCGAGGCGUCUUGCACGGUGCCCUUCUACACGUACCGCGAGAUCGAGCGCGCCACCAAUGGCUUCGCCGAGGACCAGCGCCUAGGCACGGGCGCGUAUGGCACGGUGUACGCCGGGCGGCUGAGCAACAACCGCCUCGUGGCCGUGAAGCGGAUCAAGCAGCGCGACAACGCUGGCCUGGACCGCGUGAUGAACGAGGUGAAGCUGGUGUCGUCGGUGAGCCACCGCAACCUCGUCCGCCUCCUCGGCUGCUGCAUCGAGCAGGGGCAGCAGAUCCUCGUCUACGAGUUCAUGCCCAACGGCACGCUGGCGCAGCACCUGCAGCGGGAGCGCGGCCCGGCCGUGCCGUGGACGGUCCGCCUCCGCAUCGCCGCCGAGACGGCCAAGGCCAUCGCGUACCUGCACUCGGAGGUGCACCCGCCCAUCUACCACCGCGACAUCAAGUCCAGCAACAUCCUGCUCGACCACGAGUACAACUCCAAGGUCGCCGACUUCGGGCUGUCGCGGAUGGGCAUGACGUCCGUCGACUCGUCGCACAUCUCCACCGCGCCGCAGGGCACGCCGGGGUACGUCGACCCGCAGUACCACCAGAACUUCCACCUCUCCGACAAGAGCGACGUCUACAGCUUCGGCGUCGUGCUCGUCGAGAUUAUCACCGCCAUGAAGGCCGUCGACUUCAACCGGGCGGGCAGCGAGGUCAACCUGGCGCAGCUGGCCGUUGACAGGAUCGGGAAGGGCUGCCUCGACGACAUCGUCGACCCCUUCCUGGACCCGCACAGGGACGCCUGGACGCUCACGUCCAUCCACAAGGUGGCGGAGCUGGCUUUCCGGUGCCUGGCGUUCCACAGCGAGAUGAGGCCGUCAAUGGCCGAGGUCGCCGACGAGCUCGACCAGAUUCAGGUCAGCGGGUGGGCGCCGUCCACGGACGACGCCACGUUCAUGUCGACGACGUCAUCGCUCUGCUCGUCGGCUCCGUCGCGCUGCACGGAGAAGUCGUGGGGGACGGCGAAGAGCAGGAGGCAGGCCGCGGCCAACGCGGUGGCAAAGCAAGAGACGGCGAAGGGUACGGUCACCGACUCCCCCGUGUCCGUGCAGGAGAGGUGGUUCAGCGAUAAGAGCUCCCCUUCUUCAAAUAGCUUGCUGAGGAAUAGCUCCCUAAACUAACUGAAAACUUCUCUGUCUCCCGUCUCUCGAAGGUUUAGAUGUAAGUAGCAUUAGAACGAUCUGUAAUUGAUCUUUUGUGCAUCUAUCAACCGGUUCCUCUCUAUUUGAUCACACCGUGUUAUUGAACACAGAGGGAAGUGAAAUGUACAUUUGGGAUCAUGGCAUGCAAAGAAGGUGGGAACAGAUACUAUGUCCAAAUCAUCACUUGUGUAUCCUAUGGUAGAUAAACAACACGUGAGAUAACAGAACAUUACAUGGACACCAGGCAACAUGUG